AAUGCCAUGUAUAAAUACCCCCAGAAGACCAAGUCCAGCAUUGAGUUUACUCUGCUUAUGUUUGCAUGUUGUUAAAGUAGGAGUAUGUUAUGUUUCAUCCUUUAGCUUGCAUGUAUAAACUACUGUUGAGGGUUUGGUCUCUUUGACGAAGGCACAUCCCUGGCCUGAACAACUGUGUGACGAAAAUAACUGUGCUGACUGAGAAUCUCUGACCUCACUGUGCAGGUUGUUGUGGAAGAGAGGCCAGUCGGCGCAGAUCCGGAGGAGUCUCAAUGCAGCAGGAGCAGGCAGAGGCCAACACAGAGCCGCGUGUGACGUGACAAAUGCCAUGCUGCUCCGAAGUGAAAAUAUUUGAUUCCGGCGAGGGAUGUGCUGCAUGUGCACCGGCCCCUCACCCCUCUAGACACGCUUUGUUUUUACAGUGGCACGAUCUCCGUCGGGCCGCGGCGGGGGGGGGGGUCGGGUCCCGGUUAAUGGCACCGCCUGCUCCGCCACAGCAAAGUUCGGCUCCUCUUCCGGGCUCCCUCUAGGCAGGCGGGGCUUCUUCCAUUACAGACAAGAGAAAAAAACCCGCAAAAACAAAGUUGUAAAAAAAUAAAACAGGAGGAGGAAAAUUCUGGAGGGGGGGGGGGUCAGACGCCUAUGGGUCACUACCUGCCCCGCCACCUAUCCCAGUAUGAACGAGUUUGGAAUUUAGAAGCCAAUAUUCCCCGCCUAUUUUGUGUGAAUACUACCGAACUGCAAAGCGUAGCACCGCCUUAGUAAUAUGACCAACAGUUUCAAAGACCAAUAGCAACAGAGACCUCUACCAUAGACCAAUUAGCGUCAAGCCCGAGCAGCCAUCUAGUUAGAUUGCAGUGGGUUGCUACAGGGUGUCUAUUACAUGCAGUGUUGUCAGUUAUUUAGUUGAUUGUUUGGAUUUGCUAAGGAAGUCGUGAGUGCCUCGCUGGGCACAGGAAUACUGUGGUGACAUACAGAGGCUGGGUGCGGAGUGUUUCCCCACGCUGAGAGGGAGCGCACAGAGUCUGCGCAAAGCGCUGUAUGACAUCGAACAAAAGCUUCCAGUAAAAACAAUAGUAUCCGUAGGGAACUGUGGUAUCCGUGGAGAGCUGUGACAUUAGGAUUUAGGAAUUUCGGUCUGUGGAGUGUGGAGAAGCAGCAGGAACACGGGGCUUGAUUGCUGGACUGUGAUGUGUUGAUACCGGGAAACUUGCUGUCCAACUUUAGAGCGCUGUGCUGUGCUGCUCGCUCCGUGUAGGAUUCCCAGGAGACUUUUCCCGAGAGCUGCCCCAGACAUACGGUCCCCAUGCAGAGUUCAUUUGGUCCCAUACUUCCUCAGGAUGGGGGGAAUAACCGUGAUCUUGCUCUCACAGGCUCUCAGGUCUCUGUGACCCGACGCCCCAGCAGUGCUGGCAGUACCAAGCACAUCACUCGCUCAGUCUCCGUCAUAACUGAUUGUCGGAGCAAGGGAAACUCACUGAAAGACUCCCCAAGGGCUAUCAACAACCUUCGUAGAUCUAAUAGUACUACACAGGUGCCACCAGAGAACAGCUCUGCUUUCAGGGAUCCGCAAGAUGAGUUCCUGGCCUUUUUUGAGAGCAGCUCCAUUGGAAGAAAGAAACUCGACAGUCUCGUUAAAGCUUCACCUGAGAAGAAAACCACAUGGAAUGUAUUGGAUGAACAGACCAGGGUAUUCCCUGUGCCCUCUACUGCCCAAAGCUCCAAUUCAGCACAAAGCUUAAGUCUGAAGAAAAGAGACACCCUCGCUCUGGCGCCAAGUUUUACAGCCAACAACAGAAGCAACAAAGGAGCAGUUGGUAAUAUGGUAACCACAAUGGUGCACAAUAACUAUGGAGCUGGAGAGAGAGGACUGAGCAACAAGAGCUCCAACCAGCGUCCAGCAUCACUUAAUAACCUGAGAAGCCCUGGUGUGGAAGAUUCUGGGAGCAACUUCCAGAAAUUCCAGAAGAAUUUAUCAAAUGCAAAUAAUUUGGGACGUAAUAAUGCUGGAGGUGGUAAUCCCCAAAAGAGGAAAGAAGUGACUGCUGAGGAGGCAGAGAUAUUUAUCCAGCAAGUGAAUAAUGCAGCUGUUACUAUCCAGAGAUGGUACAGACGCCUGUGGCAGAAGCGCAGAUCUGGGGAAGAAACUCUGAAGCAUCUGCUGGCUUCUAAAAAGGAGGAGAGGCAACAAAAGAUGGAGGAGGGUAAUAUUUUAACUCCUCAGCAAAGCAAAGAAGAGGAACGCCGGCGAGUCCGUGAAGAGAAAGCUCGUCAAGCUAGACGGGCAGCGAUCCAGGAGUUGCAGCAAAAGAGAUCACAGAAGGCAUUAGAAACCCAACGGCUAGCAGAAGAGGAGACACAGCGAUUGGUGCAGAGUGGUAAAGUUGGACGGAAAAAGACUGUGAAGAAUCCUGUAUCAUCACCACUAGGGAACAGAACAAAAGCCAAUAACACAGAGUCCAGGCUUCAGACAGACAUAAACCAUGAAGAUGCUGUAGUUCUAAUGUUCAGUCCAGUUCCAGAAAGUAACAGGGACGAGGAACAAAAAAUACAGGGAUCCUCAACUGCUGAACAGACAUUUAGAGAUUUGGAUAUUGAGUUGUCUGCCAGCAGAGCCCAAUCUAAAACCACACUGACAGAGUUGCUAGAUACCCUGAGACAGCUCGAAGAGCCUGAGCUUUUGCCAGAAAUCAAGACUGAACCCAAGGACAAAUAUCAAUGGAUUGAUGGGGAUACAGACAAUUCACUUACAGUUGACAACCUGGAACGUCUUGGUCAGCUUACACAUAACGGGGAGAAGAAGGAGGAGAUCAAUGGUGUUUUAUUAUCGGAAGCAAAACUACAGAGCAUUAUUAGCUUUCUGGAUGAGAUGGAACAAUCUGAACAGGAAAGACCACAGUCAGCAGCCUCUAACACUCAGAAGGGGGCCUUGCUUUCUGAAGAAGAGCUCACACAUCUGGAACAAGCCUCUGCUGUUGCCACGGAGGUGACAAGUUCCAUGUUAAAGCUGCGCCUGGAAGUGCAGGAGAAAACAAGAGCCUUGAACCUAUUACAGACAGCUCUAGUCCAGCAGCGAGAGCUAACAGUACGACAUGUGAAACAGACUGAGAAAGAACUAGGGCAACAGCUGAAACAGCAGAGUGAGCAGUAUGAGGCCACUAUCCAGAGACAUCUGUCAUUUAUUGAUCAGCUUAUUGAUGACAAGAAAGCUCUAAGUGAAAGAUGUGAAUCUCUAGUAAGAGAGCUAAAGCAGGUGGAUCAAAAAUACUCAAGCAAGAUCAGCCAAAUGCAGGAACAGCAUGAAAUGAUUUGGCAAACUUUGGGCCCCCUGUGUGAGGAAAUGAAGAAGCUGCAGGAUCUGAUGUCUGCCACCGAGAGAGUGCGACGGGAGAAAUGGAUUGAUGAGAAAACAAAGAAAAUUAAAGAGAUCACUGUAAAGGGGCUGGAACCUGAAAUUCAGCGACUCAUUUCUAAACAUAAACAAGAAAUCCGUAAGUUAAAAGCACUGCACGAGGCAGAACUACAGCAAUCAGAUGAGCGAGCCGCCCAGCGAUAUGUAUGUCAGGCAGAGGAGAUGCGGCAGAACCUUGAGCGUGAGAAAGAGGAAGUCAGCCAGAGGGAACGGGAGCUGGCAAAGCAAAGGUAUGAGAAGCAUCUUGUUCAGGAAGAGCAAUCACUGCAGGAUCAGAGAAGGCGUCUGUUCCAAGAGGUAUCGGAAGAGAAGGAGAGGCUCAACCAGCAGGCAGCCAGGCAGAGAGCUGAGUUGGAUGAACUAAGAAAGCAGCUGGAGAAUAACUGUGCACUGGCCACAAGAGUACUAAAGGAAGAAUAUGAAAAGAGCAAGGAUGAGCAGGAGAGAAGGCACCAGGCUGAGAUAAAAGCCCUAAAGGAGCGGUUGGAUAUUGAGAAGCAAGCUUGGGAACAGAACUACAUAAAGAAGGAGGAAGCUUGGCUGCUGUCACGGGAGAGAGAGCUGAAAGAAGAAGUUAGGAAAGGGAGAGACAAAGAAAUUGAACAUGUCAUCCAGCGCCUGGAGUCAGAGAUGUCGACAACCAAAGAAGAAUGUGAGAGAGCCGGUGAAAAUAGGAUUAAACGUAUACGAGAUAAGUAUGAUUCAGAGCUGCAAGAAUUGGAGCGAUCAGAGAGGAAGCUGCAGCAACGCUGUAAUCAGCUGAAGGAGCGAGUUACGGAGCUAGAGGGAGAACAGAUCCAGCUUCAGGGGCUUCUAAGACAGAAAGAGCAGGAGGUUGAAGACAUCAGGAAGUUUACUGACCGCCUAAGUGAGGAAAGAAAGAGCCUGUCUGAAGUAAUCCGUCAGGAGUUUGCAGAUAGACUUGUACUGACAGAGGAAGAGAAUAGGCAUCUAAAAACUGAGGCAUCAGAAGCAAGAGCCAGACAUCGCCUGGAGCUGGAAAGAGUCAACCGUGAGAAAGAUGAGGAACUGGAGGAGGUGCAUAAGAGGGUGAAGACAGCCAUAGUGAAAAAAGAAGAAACUGUAAACAGUCUACGAAAGCAAUGCGAGGCAGCUGUUAAGAGAGCAGAUCACUUGGAGGCUUUACUGGAUCAGCAACGGAAACAGCUUUUGGCAAAAUAGCUGUCCCUUUAAUUGGACUCGCGCCCUCCCUAGUUGGGGUCUUGUGGCUGAAGGUGAUACUUUGCGGGAUUUUAUUCUCUGGGUUUUCUGUUUCCAUCCGAUUUCAUGUUUAUGUUCCCCUAAUUGUUUUUAACAGUAAAACAAGCAUUUUUUCUUUUUUUA